GCCACUAGCAAGAAGCUCCGAUGCGGGCCCAGAGCCGCCAUUGAUCGAAGCAACACGUAUCGGCGCUUCAAUUAUAUAGCUACAGCAUGCCCGCGAGUCCCUGAGCAGCGGUGCAAGCAAUGCGCGUCGAUCAGUCAAACCCUAGCACCAUGCUCCUCACAGCAGUGAUUCUCGCCUUGGCCGGUGCCAUAGAUCCGUCAAUGCGGCGCUGGCGAGACGCACCGAUCGCGCAAGUCACCGGCGGCAGAGUACGAGGCCUAACAACAAAGGACAACGUCACCGCCUUCUACGGCGUCCCCUACGCAAAGGCCAAGAGGUACGCCGCCGCCGCGCCCAUGUCCUGGUCCGGUAUCCGCGACGCGACGGCGCCUGCAGAACCGUGCCCGCAGAUGGCCCACGGCGUCAUUGGCCGCGAGGACUGUCUGGUCGCUAACGUCUUCACGCCAGCGGGAAAUCUGAAUCUACCAAUCAUGCUGCAAAUACACGGCGGGUCGAUGAACGCGGGCCGGGCCGUCGCCGACGGCUCGGCCCUGGCGAAGCGCGCCAAGGCGGUUAUCAUAUCGAUCCAGUACCGCCUCGGAGCCCUGGGUUUCUGGGCGGCGAACGCGUCGACUCCGCAAAAUUUUGGCCUGGACGAUCUCCUCUUUGCGCUGCGAUGGGCAAGAGACAACGCGGAUGCAUUCGGCGGCGACCCGAAACGCGUCAUGGUCUUCGGUGUGUCAGCUGGUGGUGCAGCGGUCGCGCACUUGUUGACGACGGCGCCGCCGGGGCUCAUCUUUUCCGCAACAAUCUGUGUGGAAUCAAAAUUUCGGACGCCCCACACAAUAAUUCAUAACGUAACUCACUGUCUGAUUUUCACACAGGCGGCGAUGGAGUCGCCGGGCGGCCACCAGGGCUGGAUGGCGCCGGGGAGUCGGCCCGACGACGACUUCGUGGCGCCGAGCGUCCUCGCCGCGGCCUCAGCGGCCACCGCGACCACCAUUAGAUGUUCCGUCGACGACUUUAAUUGUUUGCGCAAGGUGCCGAAUGCGGACAUUAUUACCGCCGCAGAGGGCGUGCGGUUCGCGCCUGCGUUGCUGAGAGCCCGCCCGGCCAACCCGCUGAGCGCCGACGGCGUCGAGACGCCCCUCGCGUUGCUCCGUUUGGGAGCCUGGCAGCAGGGCGCGGUGAUUAUCGGCGGCCAAUCGUGCGAGUCGUGCGCCGCGACCGCGGCGUUAGCGGGGCCGCCGCGCAACCUGACGCACUUUGAGUUUGUCGACGCGCUGCAGACCUACUUCGCGGGCUCCCGUAUCGCCUGGUCCGACGUGGUAGCGAGGUAUGCCCCGCGCGUCGCGACGGAGGGUCGGUGGCGCACCCUAGCACGCAUCAUGUCCGACUCCGGCCACGCGUGCUCGGCGCAGCUCCAUGCUUCGGCGGUGGCAGACGGCUGGGUUUAUGAAUUUGAGAAGGCGACAAAGGGCUUACCCGGCGCCGUCCACGGAUCCGAUGAGCCUUGGCUGUUCCAAGAGAAGGGUUCGGAUCCGCUUUCGUUGGCCAUGGCGGCGUACUGGAGCUCGCUGGCACACGCGGGCGACCCGAACUACGCCGCCGACGGCGUGGCGUGGCCCCGGUCCCCCGCCGUGCUCGGCCUCGACGACGAAAUUUCUACGCGAAAAAACACGCGGCGGCCCGAGUGUUUGGACUUCUGGGCGCCGUGGCUGGGGUUCUAUUGAUCGAACGCGUCACCCCGGGACGAUGGCGGGAGCCGCCGUACGCCAUCGACGCGACGCCUCAACUGACGGACGACGCGAGGCAAUGUAAUGUGACCACAAUGU